GCAUCUCCUCUCAGGCGGCGGCGGUGGGAGCCAGCAGGCUCCGCCAUGGCACCGCCCGGCCCGCUGCCCCCCGGCCCGCCGCCCCCCGGCCAGCCUCGCUAGCCUUAGCCGAGCCGCUGCGCCGCCGCCGCUAUGACUUCGCGGCAGCCGGACGCUCCCGCGCUGGAGCAGGGCGGCGGGGCCCGCCCGGGCAAGAUGUCGCUGCCCAUCGGCGUGCCGCGGCGGGCCUUCAGCUACGACGACGCUCUGGAGGACACGGCGCCCAUGACGCCGCCGCCUGCUGACCUGUGCGCCAACGUCCUCUGGAAGCAGCCGGUCAUCCCCGAGCGCAAGUACCAGGAGCUCUCGAAGGUUGAGGAGGGAGAUGCCGACAUGAAUGCACCUGUCAUAACUCCGUCAUCAUCCACUGAAAGUGUGAACAAGGUGCCUGUGGUGAAGGCCAAGGCCACUCAUAUCAUCAUGAACUCUCUCAUUACAAAGCAGACUCAGGAGAGCAUUCAGCGCUUCGAGCAGCAGGCAGGGCUGAGAGAUGCUGGCUACACUCCCCACAAAGGCCUCACUACUGAGGAGACCAAGUAUCACAGAGUGGCUGAGGCAGUCCACAAGCUAAAAAUGCAGACUGGAGAGAUGACAAAAGAUGACAGACAAACUUCUUCUGCUCAGUCUACUCCAAGCAGCACUCCCCACGCUUCUCCCAAGCAUAAAAACAGGGGCUGGUUUAGUCAGGGAUCCUCUACUUCUAUCACUGGCCCAGACUUUGGCAUAGAAGCUGGUGGGGACAAAUUGCCAUCUGAAAGAUGGAGCUUUUUUGGACCCAAAGCCAUCCAGAAAUCUGCCAAUGAUCCAGGAGGAUUUACCAUCCAAUCGUAUAAGGGUGCCCAGAAGCCAUCCCCAAUGGAGCUGAUGCGUGCUCAGGCUACUAGGAUGCCAGAGGAUCCAGUUACCUUCAAGCCACCCAAAAUGGACAUUCCAGUCACAGAAGGGAGGAAACAAUCUCCACGUUCCCAUAAUAUCAAACCUCGGGAUCUAAAUGUGCUCACUCCCACCGGGUUCUAGGAAGAAUGCUUCUGGUGUCUUUAGCAGGCUACAGGGUGUCUUAGGCUCUGCUUCUCUGUCCCAUUGUGCUGCAGUAAAAUAUGGAAGUCUCCCUUCCAGCUCUUCAUCUCAGAAAAGGAAACUGUUGUGACUGUCCUCCUAAAGCCAAUCUUGGAAAAUCUCCUGCACUAGUACUAAACCAAUGUAAACCGUCCUGUCUGCUCUAUCCCUACCAGUUAGGUCUGCUAGGCUGCACUAGAUGUGCUUCCUUGUAUACUACACCACCAUAAAACCUUGAACCACGUUUUGUGGGACAGGACUGCAUGUCAUGUGCAAGCAGGCUGGCUUGUCUACCUGUAGUCUGGUUCUCUUGUCCUGCUCAGUGCUGAAGUACCCUCAGGAAGACAGUGAUUAUGUCUGGCAUAUACAGAACACCAGCAGAAAAUGAUGAAAACAAGCAAGGACUGAAAACUGGACUCUUAACUGCCAGAAGGAAGCUGUUCUGCAAAUGGGGUGGGUCAGUUUUAAAUGUGGCACUCCCUUACUGUCCAGUGUGACCUUAUAGUUUGACACCUAGUACUUUGUUCUUGGAAUUUUUUUUACAGGAAAAGUGAGCAGUGACCAUUCUAAGAUACUUUUAAUGAAAGGCAGGGAGCAGAAUCUAAUGGGGUUUGGCAGUAAUGAGGAAGAACGUCUUUUCCAGCUCCUUAUGUUCCUCCAAAAAGAUUGAAAUGACCGGAGCUGGUGUAGCUUGAACCAAGUAAUCAUCCUCUUUUUUUUCUGUAAAACAACACUGCCCUACCUUCUCCUGGACAACAGGCUUACAGAUGUUCUGGCACCCUGGGUGUUGCCUGAUUUGUGGGGUUUUUUUCCUAUCAUCCUGUAUGAAGUUUUAGAUGUCAGGGGCACUUCUCAGUAGGGUUUUUUGUUUCGUCAGCAUUAAAGGCAUUUUGCAGGUCUGGGGGAGGACUGAGGACAGAUCAAGGCUAAACAUUCCUUCCUGCUAUGAUACAGAUGUAUGUAACUUUUGGCCUAGUUCAGAACUGGUUAUUGGGAACAGCUAACACCUGCUUUCAUGAAAAGUGGAAGGAACCCCUGGCUACCUUCUAAUCCCUUAAGCAUUAUAGACAGUGUUGCUCUGCAGUCUUCACCUGUCCUGUAGCAAACCGGUCUCUCUCUUGAUCUCAUGAUUGUGUUGCAGAGCUCCCUCAGCCAGCAGCAGGCUUUGUGUGGUGCAAAGUGGCAGCAGCAGCCUGGCAUCUGGUACUGGAAGCUCCUCUGUUGCCAGGACAUUACACAGGAGUUACUUAACAGCUGGUAACUGUUGAGCUCUGGAGUUUCUGCUGCCUUAAACAUUCCUCCUGGCGAGAGAGGCAGGGUUGGCUCACUUGGCUAGCUGCUGUCCCCUCUGAAGAAACAUGUUUUGUGGCUCUGCUUCCUCUCAAGCUUCAACAGCACUGCCAAUGAUGUGUUUAAAGUCUCCCACCCAACCAAUUCUCAGUCACUACUCAUUUGCACCUUGGCAAUCAGUCUCUCAUUUGACAUUAAUUUAUUUGUCUGUAUUCAUGUCUGUGUGAUUAUUUUUUUGUUUGUUUGUUACUGGAAAAUAAAAUCCUUGUGAAUGGA